AGCAACGAAGACCCAACACAGCCAAAAAUAAAUAAAUAAAAUAAAUUUAAUAAAUAAAUUUUAAAAAUAUAUAUGCUAGGCAGCAAAAUGAAUAUACAGCGUCAGAGAGAGACUAACAGCAAGAAGGGCAUUGCAGUGGUCUAAAUGAGAUUUGAUGAGCUUCUGAAUCAAUUCAGGUACAAUAUUGGGCUCAUUAGCGUAUAGGUAGUAGUUCAAGCUUCAAGUAUGGAUAAAAUUGCCCAAAGAGAGCAGACUGACAAUAGCAAUGGAUAGAGGCCACUGGAUGACAAGCUCAAAACUCAGAAGACUCCUCCAGGUAAACAGGAAGAACCAUGGGAAAGAGGGCACAGAGGUAAGAUUAGUUAAGGCUUAUAUGUGCCAUCUAGGUUGAUUACUUGGGAAGUUGUAGUUUUGGUGAAGGAACAGGAGAGAACCCAUUUCACUGUUAGAUGAGGAGUAAGUAGAAAUACGGAGUACAGAUAGUAAAUAGACCACACUUGCAAGAAAGAAAAGUAGAAGUAGCAAAGCCCGAAACUAGGCCUGGAAAGCCAUUCCUUGCAGAGACAACAGCUUCUGGAAAGACCAGGAGGUAUAGAAGUGCACAUAUAAGGAAUUUUAAAUAGUUUGAUAUGAAAACUAAAUUUUUAAAAAUAUUUGAUUCCUUUAAUUUUUUGUUCCUUUGUCUUUUAAAACUGAUCAGUGUAUAGUUCUCUUUGGGGGAAUUGGGGAGGGAGAAGUAACCUUCUAUUUAGUUGUAUGUAUAUGUGUCCCUUAGCUAACUUUAAAAAACAAAAAUACCGAGACUUUCACAUGAAGUAGACUUUGAGACUGCUCAAGCUCUUGAAAUGGGAAAUUAGGCAGUAAUAUUCUUCUUAAUAUUGUAAUGUGUUCCCAUUCUCUACCUGUCAUAAAAGUUGUAUGAAAGCUCCUUUUCCUUCAUUUGCUUAUUUUAGGAGGCAGCAGAAAAUGUCCACUGAACAGACUUCUUGGACAAGUUUGUCCACUAUUCAGAAAAUAGCACUGGGCCUCGGGAUCCCAGCCAGUGCAGUGGUUGCCUAUAUCCUAUACCGCAGAUAUAGGGAAAGCAGAGAAGAGCGGCUGACAUUUGUUGGGGAGGAUGACAUCGAGAUAGAGAUGCGAGUCCCCCAGGAGGCUGUGAAGCUCAUCAUUGGCCGGCAAGGAGCCAAUAUUAAACAGCUACGAAAACAGACAGGUGCUCGGAUCGAUGUGGACACGGAGGAUGUAGGAGAUGAGCGGGUGCUGCUUAUCAGUGGUUUUCCUGUUCAGGUGUGCAAGGCCAAAGCAGCAAUUCAUCAGAUCCUGACUGAGAGUACCCCAGUGUCUGAGCAGCUCUCAGUUCCCCAGAGAUCUGUGGGCAGAAUCAUAGGGAGAGGCGGCGAGACAAUUCGUUCUAUCUGUAAGGCCUCGGGAGCCAAAAUAAACUGUGACAAAGAAUCAGAGGGGACAUUGCUACUAUCAAGACUUAUAAAAAUCUCAGGAACACAGAAGGAGGUGGCAGCAGCUAAGCAUUUGAUACUGGAGAAAGUUUCAGAAGAUGAAGAACUUAGGAAGAGAAUUGCUCAUUCUGCAGAAACCAGAGUCCCACGGAAGCAGCCAAUCAGCGUAAGAAGAGAGGAAGUGACAGAGCCAGCUGGGGCUGGAAAGCCAGCUUUAUGGAAAAACACUGGCACUAGCUUGGAGCAGGCUGCACCUCUGGCAGUUCCUCCCCGCAAAGGAGGUGGCGACACGUCUGUUGUAGGACCAGAAGAGCGUUCCUGCAGGAAACCUAAUGAUGACAACCUUCAGAAGUUUGGAGCCCAGACCAGUCCAGAGACAUCCAUGUUUGAAAUCCCCAGUCCAGACUUCAGUUUCCAUGCUGAUGAAUUCCUAGAAGUCUAUGUCUCUGCCUCUGAACAUCCUAACCACUUCUGGAUCCAAAUCAUUGGCUCCCGCAGCCUGCAACUGGAUAAGCUUGUCAGGGAGAUGACCCAGCACUAUGAAAAUAGUCUGCCUGAAGACUUGACUGUGCAUGUAGGAGACAUUGUCGCAGCACCUUUACCUACAAAUGGUUCCUGGUAUCGAGCCCGGGUCCUUGGCACCUUGGAGAAUGGGAACCUGGACCUCUACUUCGUUGACUUUGGAGAUAAUGGAUAUUGUCCACUGAGAGACCUCAGGGUGCUCAGGAGUGACUUCCUAAGCCUUCCAUUUCAAGCAAUAGAGUGUAGUCUGGCACGGAUAGCCCCCUCAGGUGAACAAUGGGAAGAGGAAGCUUUGGAUGAGUUUGACAGACUCACUCACUGUGCUGGGUGGAAGCCCCUGGUGGCCAAGAUCUCUAGCUACGUCCAGUCUGGGAUCUCAACUUGGCCCAAGAUCCACUUAUACGACACUAGCAAUGGGAAGAAACUUGAUAUUGGGUUAGAAUUAGUUCGUAAAGGAUACGCAAUUGAGCUUCCUGAAGACAUGGAAGAAAACAGAGCCGUCCCAGUAACGUUGCACAAUGUGGCCACAGAAACAGAUGUCUCUCUCCGCAGCACGGUCACUGAGACCAAGAAGAGCCCUGGAGAGAUGGCACAUACCCUGUCCUGCCUCAGUUUAUUAGAAGCUGCCUCUGUGUCUGGUGAUGAUAACCUUGAAGAUGACUACGUAGUCUGAAGUCACCUUCAGUUGCCUCAGCCAUCCACUUUGCGGAUUUGGCAUAAGAUUUGGUGCCUGGAGAGAGGAGCCUGUGAUAGAGAUCAGUGCAGUUCUUCCUUCAUUAUAUACACGAUCUGGCUUGCUGUGGACCAAAUGCAUUUGCUCCUUCCACUGGACUACCAGAAAGUGUGAGGGGUGGAGGGAGACAAACACAUGCCCCUACUCCCCCGCCACCCCUGUGCCACUUCCAGUGUUUGAGUCCUGCUGCGCUACUUCCAGCCUGCUCAGUGUGCAGCUAGCUCCCCUCGACCACUCACAAAGCACACUACUGCUAGGCUGUGUCCUUUGGAGGCUGGGAAACAGCCAGGUUUUGGUUAUUGGAAAUGAUGAGUCUGCAGACUCCUGACUCACCUCAUCAGGUGACUGGUUAAGGAGAGUUUUUUAAGUGGUGAACUCAAAGACUGCAGUUGAGUCAGGAGGCAAAGGCAAAACUCAGCAUAAUUAUAUUGAAAAGCCUCGGGAAGUGGGAAGAGGAUACUGCCUCCCAGCCUCAACUGCUGAUAUGUUAUUGGAGACAAGGUUUUUGAAACAGUGCUCCAACUAUUUCCCAGUAAACUGGUUAAAAUACAAGUAGACAAGGAGAGAGGUGACUCAGGAAAUAUUCUAAAUUGCUGGUAUAGUAUCUAUAAUAUAUAUGUAUACACACGCAGCCAUAGAGCUCAUGUAGCUGUUCAAAUCAUUUGGGGUUCCUUUGCUGAAUAAAGUUCUCAAGAAAAUUAUUUAAAACUAAAUGCUGGUUGAAUCACAAGGUGGAAACAAGUCUGUGGGUAUCUUGUGAACUGAAAUCUGGUGAAAAUUGCCAAACACCUCACACAGAGGGGCCCAUCUAUGAAACAUCUGUCCCUCUCAGGCACAGAUCAUAUUCUUGCCGUAAAGCAACUUCAGAAUUAAUCAUUCACUAAGACCCCACCUAAAAGGAGUAGACUAGGAUUCUAGAAACAUGGGUUCUAGGGAUAGAUCUUUGCUGUGAACUUAUGGGGCCUGUUUCCUUAUAGCAUCUCUCCGUUUCUGACAGUAUUUUGAGGAUCCAGUGAGAACUGUGAAGGUAUUUGGAAGUAAUGUGGGUGGUAGAAUGAUGACAAAUGAACUUUUUUUUGUUUUUAAAGAUCAGCAAGGUAACGUAGAAGACUUAAAACUAGUAUGUGAGGCUAUCAUAUGCAGGAUUUUUUACAUCUAGGAAUUAGUGACGUCCACCCCUAUACACAUGGUAACUAUAUUUUCCCAUAGACAC